GUGGCCAUCAAGCACGUGGAGAAGGACCGGAUCUCUGACUGGGGCGAGCUGCCCAAUGGCACCCGGGUGCCCAUGGAAGUGGUCCUGCUGAAGAAGGUCAGCUCGGGCUUCUCCGGCGUCAUCAGGCUCCUGGACUGGUUCGAGAGGCCCGACAGUUUCGUGCUGAUCCUGGAGAGGCCCGAGCCGGUGCAAGACCUCUUCGACUUCAUCACGGAAAGGGGGGCCCUCCAGGAGGAGCUGGCGCGCAGCUUCUUCGGGCAGGUGCUGGAGGCCGUGCGCCACUGCCACGACUGCGGGGUGCUGCACCGCGACAUCAAGGACGAGAACAUCCUCAUCGACCUCAGCCGCGGCGAGCUCAAGCUCAUCGACUUCGGGUCGGGGGCGCUGCUCAAGGACACAGUCUACACGGACUUCGAUGGGACGCGGGUGUACAGCCCUCCCGAGUGGAUCCGCUACCAUCGCUACCACGGCAGGUCGGCGGCCGUGUGGUCCUUGGGGAUCCUGCUCUACGACAUGGUGUGCGGAGACAUCCCUUUCGAGCACGACGAGGAAAUCAUCCGGGGCCAGGUCUUCUUCCGGCAGCGGGUCUCCUCAGAGUGUCAGCACCUGAUCCGCUGGUGCCUGUCCCUGAGGCCAUCUGACCGGCCGUCCUUCGAGGAAAUCCAGAACCACCCGUGGAUGCAGGAUGCCCUCCUGCCCCAGGAGACCGCCGAGAUCCACCUGCACAGCCUGUCGCCGGGGACCAGCAAAUAGCGACCUCCGGCGACCAGGUCCUCCGCUCCCUGCCAGACCCUCCAGGGAGGGAGGCCCCAGUGUCCAGCUCCUGACUCCCAGCGACACUUGGCCGUCUGGCCGAGCAGGACAGUGCUUGACACAGGAACAAUUCACAACUCAUUCCAGACCCCAGGGCCCUGUGUCCCCUCCUGGCGGGGACGGGGGCCCCAGGCUCAGCCCCUGCAUAGAUGCGCCUUCCUGGGCCCUGCUGGGCUGCUGGGAAACCGUGCUGGGGGUGGGGACCCUGUUGCGACGCUGUCCCUGUCUGCUGAACUCAAGGCGGGUCGGGUGGGGGACGGGCUGGGGUGGGGUAGGACUAGCGUCACGUGAAGUCCCUGUCACCUCCUCCGACUGUUCUGAGUGCCUUCUGUGGGGACUCCGGCUGUGCUGGGAGAAAUACUUGAACUUGCCUCUUUUAUCUGCUGCUUCCCCAAAAAUCUGCCUGGGUUGGGUCCCCUGUUCCCGCCCCUCCUUCCUAUGAAAGGUGCCAAGGGAGAGGCCGCGGGCCCGUUGCUGAGCCGCCCGCCCUUCUUUCUGCCUCCUGUAGUAAAACUCCAGUGAACCCGUCUUCCUCUUUGGUUUUUACUUAACCUGUUUCCAAGCCAGGACCUCGCAUACACACACACACACACACACGCACACAUACACACACACACACAAUGCACGAACAAUGCAAACGGGAAAGCUGUAAAUGUGUGUACAGUUGGCAUGGUAGUAUACAAAAGGAUUAGAGUUGAUCUAAUUUUUUUUUUUUAAUUUUACCUUUAAGUUAUUUUACCUGUUUUUUUUUUGUUUGUUUCAUUUUCUGUUUUUGGAAAGAUGAUCAUUCGAACCUGGAGGUCAACGUUAUGUAUUUAUUUAUUUAUUUAUUUGGUUCCCUUCCUGCUCUGAGCUUCCACAACUGCUGUUCUAGGAUUUUGGGGGUUGGUUUUUUUUUUUCCUCCUUUCCUCCUCUGACUUGGGGACCUGUUGGGGAGGGACGCUUGCCGUGUGUAGGGUGACGGGACCCAGGCGGGACAGCCGCUGCGGCUCCCCAGCUUCUGGGGUGCAGGGUGUGGGUGUCGCUCUUGUACAUAGGACGGAGGUCGGGACGCGGCUCUGGACGGUGUGUGCCUUGCGGGUCCUCCCUGGGGCUGUGUUUCGAGCAGCAUGUGGCCUGCUGGUUUUAUCUUGAGUGAAAUACUGUACAGGGGAAUAAAAGAGAUCUUAUUAUUUUUUUUUUAUACUUGGCAUUUUUUGAAUAAAAACCUUUUGUCUUAA